AUGAAUUGUUAAAGAAAUUAGUCUAAAUUGCAGUAUUUCCUAUAGAUAUCGGAGAAUGAAUAUUAAUGCCAAGUUUGUUAACAAAAAUUAAUAUUUCCAACAAAAUUACCAAUCGAACAAGCAUUGAAUGAUCAUUUAUUAUCGAAUGGUCAUUUAAAUUGUUAAUAUGAAAUACUUUUUCAGUUGGGUUGUAAUAAUAGAACCUUUGGCGAAUUUGAUCCUAUAGAUCAACAAGUGAAAAAACAAAAAUUAUUUCAUCUAUAAAAAGCUAAGGAUUUAAAACAAUAAAGCAAAGAGUAUUUGAAUAAUUACUUUGGAAAAUGUCUACAAAAGAUAACUUGUGUAAUUAAUAAAAGACGUACUACAUAAAAGACUUAUAUCAUAAUUUUGAAGAGAUUCUACAAUUAUAUAAUGGAUUAAGCGUCAGAAUUGCUUUAAGAGAAUUUCAUUCUAUAAUUUUUGAACAAUGAAUAAUUUAAAUAAAACAGCAUCUAAGCAAUAAAAUUUUAAACAAAAUCUCUUUGCUGGCCUUUGAGUGCAGAAUUGCUUGAAAAAGUAAAGUAAUUAAGAGAAGAUUAAUUGAAAAUUGAUAAAGAAAUCGCUUUAGAAAGUUUCAACUUUUGUAAAGACCUAAUAUUCCUACUUUUCAGAUGCCAUUAACAAAGAUUAGCCUUAAUUAUUGUGAUAUUAUUUGAAUUAGAUUUUGAUUUAUAAGUUAUACCAGAACUGAAGUAUGAGGAUAUUUUGAAUGAGAGGCUAAUGAUGUCAAAAAAUAACUCUAAGAAACCAAAAUAAAGUAGUUCAUUUAUCAAUGAGAAAAUUCAAUAAUUAAUUGAUUUAUUUGUUAGAAAAUUUAAUUUUGAAAAGACCUCAUUUAUAUUGCCAGAAAUACGAACGAUGAGAGAUCUCCAAACUCUUUUGCAUUCUGUAAAACAUGACUUUGAGUCCCAUAAAUAAGAAAUGAAUGAACGCUAAGCAUAGUUCAUUUAAAGUUUUACCUCCUCUUCUAUUAAAUAUAUAAGUAGAAUAUUGAAAUUAUUUCAGAAAAUUCAGCAGUUUGAAAACUAAAUCUUAGUUUAGAUUUAUUAAAAUAUAAAAUAAAACAUAAAUGGAAAUUAUACGAAAUUGCUUGUGAUAUACUUUAUUGGAUUCAAUCAUCUUAAUUCAAUAUUUUUUCUUUAUUUUUAAUAAUGUAAUAAUGAAUUUUCUUAUGUUAGAUAUCCAUGCUAAUCCUGUUAGUUACAAACCACCAUUAAUAUUCUUGAGGUGAUUUACUUUGUAUCUAUCAUCAAAAGGAUUAUUUGCUGCAUAUUACAGCAACACUUGAUUCUAAUUUAUUUGUUUUUAAAGAUUAAGAUCUAGAAAAUCAUUUAGUUUCAUCAUUAAUAUAUAGUUUCCACCCAUACAUCAUUAACAUUUGGAAAACUUAGAUCUUUCAUUUAUUCUGACCUGAAUGUGAUUUUUGAUAUAUCACAAUAAUUAGCAUUUGUUUCAUAUACAAUAAAUGAAGCAUUAAAGCCAUUUUUAGCAUCAAUAAAUUAUUAAUCUGGCUUUUCGUACCGAAACAUUAGUUCAUAAGAGCAGAAACACUGGAUCAAUUUUUGCUUUUUUGACAUAUUAUUUCUAAGCAUACCUGUGAAUAAUGUUUUGGUUGUUCUAUCAAAAAGAAUUGAUAAUUGUUUCUAGAUCAAGGAUAUUACAGAUGAAAUAUUUACUUAUACAAUAAAUUCUUAUGUAUUGAUGGUUGGUUAUUUAAUAAAUUAAUUUAGACAUUUACAUGUAUAUUUAAAUGUAAAACCAAUAAUAUGUUAUAUUAUUCACUAUAGGGUAAUUCAUAAACAAACAAAUAAAUAAAUCACUUUGAAUUGUUAACCUAUCUUAAUAUUGCUAAACAUGUUAGAUUCAUAUAAGUAUUUUUCAAACAAAAGUCAAUUUUUCAAUAAUAUCUAGUAAAAUCAAAUGAAAUUUGAAUUCUAAAAUUUCUUGAGAAGUGGUGUGCAUUUGUGA